AAAGAUCAGUCUGAAAAGGGACAGAAAUCAGCCAUUUCUUUAUACGAUUCCAUAUAUAAAGAACAUGCCCACUGCUCACUGCCAUAAAUCUACCGGGUUUUCAUCCAAUUUUUAUUCAGUUUAUCGCCAUUCUUGAAAGACCCACGUGCUUCCAUUUUCACGGGAGUGUUCUAUUUCUCUCUUCUUCUGAAACUCCAUAGAUUUAUCCCCAUCUAUUGUUUCUAUUUCAAUCCACAUUUCGCUUUCUCAAAUCGUUAUUCUGCUUAUUUACUGGGGUCUGUCUCUGCGUACUGAGAUUGCGAUCUCUAGUUAUUCGUUUUCUUCUCAAUGCAUGGAUAAGUUGGAAACCAUGUAUUUUCGAGCUCUAGAAGCAGCUUCCAUGGAUAUUACUUCUGCAAUCGUUAAUGCGACGUUUAUUCUUGCAUUGUCGAUGGGUUGGGUUUUUCUUCACAAGUGGACAGAGGAGGUAGGAGAGAGCGGAUCCCAUGACUUGAGAAACAGAGCAUUUCGAGAGUUUAAAUGGCUAAUCAGUAUUACAAUCUUCUGUAAUGCCAUUGUUCCAUUUUUGUACUGGGGUUUUGCUGCUUACGAGUACUGGAAUCGCAGAAUCUUUUGCUGGGAAUCAGCCAUCUCUGCCAUGACGUGGAUUUUAGCCGCUGGGAUUGCAUUCUACUGGAGAAAUAGAAUGUAUCGAGGCAAAAGAUGGCCGUUGAUUCUAAUGGUGUGGUGGGUUUUCUCCUGUUUUUAUGGUUUUGGUUGUUCGAUUAUUUACCUGCUAGCCCACUUGAAAGCUAUGGAGUUCCCUCAUUUUAUUCCAAAAGCCACUAUUGUAGAUUUUGCUUCCUUCACUUUGUCUUUCAUAAUCUGUUGCACUGGACUAACUGUUAACUAUUCCAAGAAACACAAUGAUUUUGAGGAAUCAUUGCUCCAAAAAGAGAAUGCUUCUUCUUUUGAAGAUGAUGGUGGUUUCAUCAGUCCUGGAUUCUGGAGUCAACUUACAUUCCGGUGGCUGAACCCGCUCUUUAAAAGAGGAAGGAGUCAGAAACUUGAAUUAGCUCAUGUUCCUUGUGUACCUCAAUCUGAAACGGCAGAAUAUGCUUCCUCAUUGUUGGAAGAAUCGCUUCUGAGAAAGAAAAUUGAGUCUUCUUCCUUGCCUAAAGCUAUAGUUCUAGCCACAUGGAAAUCCUUGGUCUUAACUGCAAUUUUUGCUGGAUUCAACACGUUAGCAUCCUUUAUGGGGCCUUCUCUAAUCACCAACUUUGUGAAUUAUCUGUUGGGAAAGGGUGAUAACUCAAGCAUCCGUGAUGGGUUGAUUCUUGCCUUCAUCUUCUUCUUUGCAAAGACAUUGGAGUCUCUUACUCAAAGACAGUGGUAUUUCGGCACUCACCGUGUCGGUAUACAGGUAAGGGCAGCUCUUACAGUGAUGAUUUACAAGAAGUCUAUUUCUAUUAAUGCUGCUGGUCCAAGUAAUGGUAAAAUCAUAAAUUUAAUCAAUGUGGACGUUGAAAGAGUUGGAGACUUCUCCUGGUAUAUUCAUAAGAUUUGGUUGCUUCCUGUUCAAAUAGUUCUAGCCCUGAUCAUCCUUUAUAGGAACCUUGGUGCUGCUCCUUCCAUUACUGCUCUUUUAGCCACAAUAUUUAUAAUGGUGAGCAACACACCUUUGGCCAAUGUUCAAGAAAGUCUACACUCAAAUAUAAUGGAUGCGAAAGACUCUCGAAUCAAAUUGACAUCAGAAACUCUUAAGAACAUGAGAGUCUUGAAACUGCAUUCUUGGGAACAGACAUUUUUUAAGAAGGUCUUACAACUUAGGGAAGAAGAAAGAAGGUGGUUGAAGAGAUACCUCUAUACAUGCUCAGUUAUAGCAUUUCUCUUUUGGGUUUCACCAACUUUAGUUUCAGUAGUUACCUUUGGUGCCUGCAUUAUAAUGAAAAUUCCUCUAACAGCAGGUACAGUUCUAUCAGCCAUAGCUACUUUUCGGAUCCUACAAGAACCUAUAUAUAACCUACCAGAGCUAAUUUCCAUGAUUGCUCAAACAAAAGUUUCCCUUGAUCGUAUCCAAGAGUUCAUUCGAGAAGAAGAUCAAAGGAAGCAGAUCUAUUAUCCUCCUUCCAGUGGAUCUGAGAUCAUGAUUGGAAUUGAGGUGGGGGAUUAUUCUUGGGAAGCCAAUGAUCUAAAUGUUAAGAAACCAACGAUAAAAGUUGUAGAGAAGAUGCAGAUACCAAAAGGUUACAAGGUUGCAGUUUGUGGGUCAGUUGGCUCAGGAAAAUCAAGCCUACUUUGUAGUAUAUUAGGCGAGAUCCCACAGAUUUCGGGAACACAAAUGAAGGUACAUGGAACUAAAGCUUAUGUUCCUCAAAGUGCUUGGAUCCAAUCAGGCACCGUUAGAGAGAAUGUGUUGUUUGGGAAGGAAAUGGACACACAUCUUUAUGAAGAUGUUUUAGAAGCUUGUGCUUUGAAUCAGGAUAUCAAGCUAUGGUUGGAUGGUGAUUUUACUUUAUUGGGAGAGAGAGGGAUGAACUUAAGUGGAGGACAAAAGCAGAGGAUUCAAUUGGCAAGGGCGGUCUAUAGUGAUGCAGAUGUUUACUUCCUUGACGAUCCUUUUAGUGCUGUGGACGCAUGUACAGGAACACAUUUGUUCAAGAGAUGUCUUUUGCAACUUUUGUCUAGUAAAACUGUCAUAUAUGCUACUCAUCACUUGGAAUUCAUAGAAGCUGCGGACCUCGUUCUGGUGAUGAAAAAUGGUCAUAUUGUUCAAUCAGGAAAGUACGCAGAAUUAAUAUCAAAUCCAAACGGUGAACUUUCAAGGCACAUUGCAGCACACAAAAGAUCACUAAAUGGAGUUAAGCCAUUCAAAGAAGAUAAACUCCAUCAUGAAAGACCUUGUCAAAUACAUCAGAUAGAAGCUCUAGAUGAAAAAUUUUCUGAGUCCCUAGGAAAUGGAACCCUUUCAGUGAGAACUCAAGAAGAGGAAACCCAAACUGGCCGUGUAAAAUGGAGUGUCUACUCAAUCUUUAUCACGUCUGCUUAUAAAGGGGCUCUUGUUCCUAUCAUCCUUCUUUGCCAAAUUUUGUUUCAGAUCCUACAGAUGGGAAGCAAUUAUUGGAUUGCUUGGGCAACAGAAGAAGAAGGCAAGGUCAGCAAAGAGCAGCUGAUAGGGAUUUUUAUCUUGAUGUCAGGGGGGAGCUCCAUCUUCAUAUUAGGUAGGGCCGUUGUGAUGGCAACCAUUGCUAUCGAGACUGCGCAGCGAAUGUUUCUUGGAAUGGUGACAGCGGUUUUUGCCUCACCUAUUUCAUUUUUUGAUGCCAAACCUUCAAGCCAAAUCCUCAACAGGUCAUCUACUGAUCAAAGCACUUUAGAUACAGAUAUACCUUAUAGAUUAGGAGGACUGGCUUUUGCACUAAUUCAACUGUUAAGUAUCAUCAUCCUCAUGUCCAAGGUUGCAUGGCAAGUUUUUCCCCUCUUUCUCGUCGUCCUUGCUAUCUCCAUAUGGUAUCAGGGAUAUUACAUUAGUACUGCUAGAGAACUGGCUAGAAUGGUUGGGAUUCGAAAAGCUCCAAUUCUUCAUCACUUUUCUGAAACGGUAGUAGGUGCAACGAUUAUCCGUUGUUUCAACCAGGAGGAGCGUUUUUUGACGAAAAUACUAAAUCUAGUUGAUGAUUAUUCUCGUGUGGUUUUUCACAAUGCAACUUCAAUGGAAUGGUUGUGUCUACGGAUCAAUUUUCUUUUCGACAUUGUCUUCUUCCUUGCCCUCGUCAUCUUGGUGUCCCUUCCUAGGUCAGCAAUAGAUCCCAGCUUAGCAGGAUUAGCAGCCACAUAUGGCUUGAACAUGAAUGUGCUUCAGGCUUGGGUAAUAUGGAAUCUAUGCAACGUUGAGAACAAAAUGAUAUCUGUUGAGAGAAUUCUUCAGUUUACUAACAUUGCUUCUGAGGCACCACCGGUGAUCGAGGGUUGUAGGCCAAUGCCAAAAUGGCCAGAGGAGGGAAGGAUAGAACUUGAGAACCUUCAUGUCCAAUAUAGUCCUAAACUUCCAGUGAUUCUCAAAGGGAUCACUUGUACCUUUCCACAAAAGAAGAAAAUUGGGGUUGUGGGCAGGACAGGAAGUGGAAAGUCCACCUUAAUUCAAGCACUUUUUAGGAUGGUAGAGCCCUCUGCAGGAAGGAUUCUCAUUGAUGGAGUUGACAUUUGCAAAAUUGGUCUACAUGAUCUGAGGUCCAGGUUGGGUAUAAUUCCACAAGACCCGACAUUGUUCCAAGGAACCAUGAGAACUAACUUAGACCCUUUACAACAACAUACUGAUCAAGAAAUUUGGGAGGUCCUCAACAAGUGUCGGUUUGCCGAGAUCAUCAGAACGGAGCAAAUGAUUCUCGAAGCACCAGUUGCUGAAGAUGGAGAGAAUUGGAGUGUUGGACAGAGGCAACUAGUUUGUUUGGCCAGGGUGCUGCUCAAGAAGCGUAGGAUUCUUGUGUUGGAUGAGGCAACGGCUUCCAUUGAUACAGCAACAGAGAAUAUAAUUCAGGAAACAAUAAGAGAGGAGACAAAUGGAUGUACAGUUAUUACCAUAGCUCAUCGGAUACCGACAGUUAUCGACAAUGAUUUGGUUUUGGUUCUUGACGAAGGCAAAGUCAUCGAGUACGAUUCACCGUCUCGAUUGCUCGGGAACAGUUCUUCUACAUUUUCGAAGUUAGUGGCAGAGUUCUUGAGGAGAUCAUCUAAUCACUCACAAACGAAUGCAAACCCUAUGCAAACUUCAUGACUUUGAUCAAGUGUAAAGAUGGGAGGGAAAUAUUUGGUGGUGAUGCCAAGUGAUAGCAAUUGCCCACUGCUGCUAACUCUAACUGCAUAGGGUGAAGGUCCUGUAAAGUAAGACUCAUCCUCUGAAGCAAUAGCAGAUCCAAGCAAAUACCAUUGACAAGCUUUCUAACUAUAGGCUGAUAAGAUAGAAGAAACAAGGCAUUACUAAUGAUUUUAGUGUUAACCAUAGUAUUCUCUUUUUUAAAUGUAAUUCAAAUGUGUUACGUAGGACCACUUCAAUAAGAGUUUUAUGCCAUCAAUCAAAGUAUAACUUAA